AUGGACAUCAUCAUCCAGGGCGUCCUUGGUACCCUGAUUUGGGCAUUUGUUGCCGUCUGCAUAGUCAUCUGUUGCAUCCGUUCAAAGGCCGCGGCGGACGAAAGAAGGCGCUUGGGGCCAGGCUCACAACAUCGGAGGCCGGGGCCGGCGAGGGUCGUCGUAGGGGAGCCGCGACAGCUGGUCUACUUCUCGUACCCCGCCGAUACCGAGGACGGCCGAGGGACGGUCGGGGCGUCGGUGGUGGUGUGCGCGAUCUGCCUGGAGGCGUUGGUGGGCGGGGCGGAGUGCAGCGAGGUGCCGGCGUGCCGGCACGUGUUCCACCGGGGCUGCCUCGCGCUGUGGAUCGAGAGCAAGGGCACCUGCCCGCUCUGCAGGGAGCAUGUCGUGCCGGGCCCGGGGCCAGAGCCCCCGUCAGCUGCUGAUAACAUGGUUUAG